AUGACUAUUGACUCAACUACAAGCAGCCUACAACAACAGUUGGCUCCUGCUUGGUGUGUCAGGUACUGCAAGCAGCGAGAUAUUGCCCUAAAAGAAGAUAGAAUCCACAUCCCUAAGAUUAGUUUGAUCAGUAGAGUUACUGGAUUUGCAACGAUAGCAUCAUUCAUACAUGUAUCUGAUCAAACCGUUACAGCAUGGCGGACAAUGUUAUUUCGACACUGGUUAAAAUGA